GCAGCGACAGGUGUGAUAGCAGAGACCGGCUUCCUCGGAUUCUGUGCGACUUCCAACUUGAAACCCUUGGGAACUUGACGCUUCCAAAGGCCGGACUUUCCUCUGAUAGCUCUCUCACACCCGCUGGGGGCUUCACAGCGGAAAACCUAUAGAAUUCUAUCAAUAGGUCGAAGUAAUCGAAACCAUGAAACUAGAGGUGUUGUGUGGGAGCCACUGUGAUGUGAAGCCCAUGGAGGUAUCCAGUGAUGCAGAGGGCAGUGUGCGCUCUCUUGUCUCCGGGGAGGAGGAGUUGGGGUCGGAUGGGGACUGCGUGGCGCACAGCCCCCCACCUGUUCCGUGCGCCGACAGCAAAGGGAAACCGUACACGCGGAGACCCAAGCCCCCCUUCUCCUACAUCGCACUUAUUGCCAUGGCUAUCCGGGAUUCCACCACUGGACGACUGACUCUUGCUGAAAUAAACGACUACCUGAUGAAAAAGUUUCCAUUCUUCAGAGGCAGCUACACCGGCUGGCGGAACUCGGUCCGGCACAAUUUAUCUCUUAACGACUGCUUUCUCAAAGUGCUCCGGGACCCGUCCAGACCGUGGGGAAAGGACAAUUACUGGAUGCUUAAUCCUCAGAGCGAGUACACGUUUGCCGAUGGAGUAUUCCGGCGCAGGAGAAAGCGACUCAACAAAAAGUUAGACAAGGAACAAGACGUCUCGGAGCAUGUACAAGAGUCGCAAAGCGCGCCACCAUACGCGCCCGUUACCAAAACUGAAUCCUGUACCAAGUUCACUAGUUCAUUCGCUAUUGACAGUAUCCUCAGCACACCAUUCAAGCCAGACAGAGGCAGAGACAGCUCGUCGGUUCUCGCUGGCUUCAAGUGGCCAUGCUGCACUGAUUUAGUGAUGCCACAUUCAAAUCCACCUGUCUCUUUUCCAUGCGUCAUGUCGGAGUGCCAUAUGGACUGUACUGCGCAUGUGUCACACCCCUAUGGAGGUGGGCUGUUUUCAAAGUGGGGGCAUCGCAGAGACAGUCUUGCACCACCAGAAUUACAUUUGGACUCUGCUUUUGGGCUAACCCCUGCAAUCAUGCCCUGCUAUCAACCAUCAUGGCAGAUGCGCACCAUUAAAAAUUAACUGUAUGCUAGGAUGAUGGAAAUGAACACACAGACAGAGGGAUCCCAUUUUUCCUUGUGCUAUGAUUAAACUGGAUUUGGCAUGCUGCGGUAGCAAGGAGCUACACUUUGCUGCUUUUGGUCUUGGUCAUUGCCUUUUCUAGCCCAUAAUGCUGUUUUAUUUUAGGUGUAUUAUAGUCAUUCGUUAUAAAAUGUUACUGAAUUGACCAUGACCUUGUUGUUUACAAAGUGCUAAUAUAUAAAUUUCACUGUAUUUUCUUUAUGUUUUGCUUUUACUGUCAAAAACACUGUUGUCACCAAGAAAUAAAGAGGAGUUUA